AUGAUUGUCGACAAGGAGAUACGAGAGCCGGAGGUGUUGGAGAGCAGAGACACCGAGUUGGGCGAAGAUGUCGACAUCGCAAAAAUCGAAAGGGUGUACAUGAAAUUGGACCUUCGAAUUAUUCCAGCAUUUUGGGUGCUAUACUUUCUCUGCUCUGCAAUUCGUUCCAAUGUCGGCCUCGCGCAAACGAUGAAUAUUGAACAGCACCAUUCCCUUGCCCAAGUAUUGCACUUGACUCCCCACCAAGUUUCCACGGGCCUCGCGCUGUUCUACGUCUGCUACGUAGUUUUUGAUCUACCGUCGAACUUGAUUAUGUCAAGGCUGAGUCCGCGAGUAUGGAUGAGCAGGAUUGUAAUUGGGGUUGGCAUCAUUGGGGCGUGCAUGGCUGCUGUGAAAGCGGAAUGGAGCUUUUACUUGCUUCGGUUGCUUCUUGGUAUCGUGAUAGCAGGCAUGUGGCCAGGUAUGGCAUACUAUCUCACUCUCUUCUAUCCACCAUCUCGCACCGGCAAGCGCAUAGGCUGGUACUUCACUGCAGCGCAAGUUUCUGCUGCUGUCGUUGGUCUCGUCUCGGCUGGUUUCCAAGAAAUGGACGGCCUCGGCGGCCUUGUUGGAUUCCGAUGGAUGUUCUUGCUCUACGGCCUUGUUGGCAUCAUUGUUGGGUUUGCGCUUCUUUGGUGGUUGCCAGAAAGACCACUACCACCAGGGCAAAUCCAGAAGGCGAGCUUCCUGACGAAAUGGCUACCGCCGAGCCCUCCAGCUUUGACGGGCGAGGAUGCACGGAUUCACUACGAAGACUUGACCCGCGCUUACCACAGCCCACGCUGGACCCUCAAAGACCUUGGAAGAGUUUUCGCCGAUUGGCGACUCUGGCCAUUGUUACUGAUGUAUUUCGGUGUAGUCGGUGUUGGAAUCGGAGUACAGAAUUAUUCGACAGUCAUCCUCAGAGGCAUAAACAAGGAAUUGACAGGCGUUCAACUCUCACUACUUUCGGCUCCGAUCUGGAUCUGUGACCUCAUCGCUAUCCUUUUAGUCACCCCCAUAAGUGAUCGUUUCCACCACCAUCGAGCGCUGUUCUUCAGCGUCCCCGUCUGCAUACAGAUUGCCGGUCUUCUACUAACCACAUAUGCGGAGCAUCCUUGGCCGCGCUACGGUGGUCUAUUGAUGAUUGGAUUUGGCCUAGGGCCAACAGUCCCAAUUACAAUGACGUGGACAAAUGAAAUCUUCCAGCCUCGUCAUGGAGAGGUAGGAGUAGCCGCUGCAUCAGCUUUGGUCUCAGGGAUGGCCGGAAGACGCAAAGCCCCCACACGCAUACAGAAGGAGUACACUCGUGAUGGUGGGAAUUUUGUGCUUGUCAAUAGUCAGCUCCAUCGCGAACACGAUCUUGUUGAAGGUUUUUGGAAAGGGGACACGUGGUAA